AUGGAGCGCUGGCACAACAAAUUGGCGGUGGUUACUGGUGCCAGUGGUGGUAUAGGAGCUGCCUGUGCCCGGGCCAUGAUCGGAGCAGGAUUACGGGUUGUGGGCCUCGCUCGAAGGGAGGCAAAACUCAAGGAACUUAAGGACAGCCUGCCGUCGCAUCUGCAGGCUAACUUUAUACCACGACGAUGUGAUGUCUCCAAGGAGGAGCAGGUGAUCAGCUCUUUUGACUGGAUCGAACGGGAGCUGGAGGGUCCGGAUGUUCUGCUGAACAAUGCUGGCAUUACACGUGAAACGGAACUAGUUACUCCGGGUAAUACACAAAAACUCCGAGAGGUCCUGGACACGAAUGUGAUGGGUGUGAUCUGGUGCACAAGGGAGGCCUUUAAUAACAUGAAGAAAAGGGGAAACGAGGGUCAUGUACUCAUCAUCAACAGCAUCGCUGGACAUCAGGUGCUGAACUUUAUAGAUGUCCUGCCUUCGUUUAAUAUCUAUCCGGCUACAAAAUUCGCCAUCACGGCAAUAACGGAGACAUAUCGGCAAGAGUUCCAGUUGCAUACGAAAAAUAUUCGAGUGACCGGAAUAUGUCCUGGAGCAGUCAAUACUAAUAUCUUUCCCGAGGAGAUUCACUUUUAUGUGAAGGACAUGGCACGUUUGGAUCCCGCAAAUAUUGCCGAUGCUGUGAUGUAUGCCUUGAGGACGCCACCUCAUGUUCAGGUUCAUGAGAUCACCAUCAAACCUAUGGGAGAAAUGUUUUAA